UGAUCUUUCAUUCUGUGGAUGCAGUACGAUUCAUUGUGCGACUUUGUUUUGCAGAAAUCUCCACCUCAACAUAAAAACUUACCCUGUGAAUUACUUCUGGUACUGCGAAGCCCUGCUGAGCUAACGGGGAGGAACGCCGCAGCCUUGUGAAAGAUACAGAAGCGUUGGUUUACGCUGCAUCAGGAUAGCAAACCAGAUGACAGCCAUAUCCGAUUCUACCCUGGCACUGCAAACUCCAAGUGCUCAGGUGUCUGCAGCUUCCGACUUGGGCUCGCCAAGCGCUCAGGCGUCGGAGGCAGCUACCGCCUCGGGAACGCCAAGUGCCGAGACGUCGGGGGCAGUUGUCGGCUCGGGAACGCCAAGUGCUCAGACGUCGGAGGCAGUUAUCGGCUCGGCACCGGCAAGUGCUCAGGCGUCAGCUACCGACUUGGAACUUGCUGUCGCUCGUGCUGAACGUGCUGAGGAAGUAAAUCUUGUCGACGAAUGUAUUUUUGUCACGAUCAUGGUAUGCCUCCACCGAAUACAAAUCCCGAAGUUCAGCCAGGUAGGAAAGGCAGAUAUUCGUCACCUCCUUCUCGACUGCCGCUGUUCCAAGUCAUUUCGCGACAAGCUCAAGUCUCGCCUGACGAGCCUCGGAUAUUACAUCUCGCAACACUACUUGGCACGGAACAGUGGUGUAAGCGCAGCGCUCAACGACUACCUGCCUGAUACCGAUCUCCUCAGCAGCCUGUGA